CAGCCCACGGGGCAGGAUUGGAAUUUCUGUGACCAAGCACGAGAGCACUUCCACAGCAUGGGUCAGCGACAACACCAACGUUUGAAAUAAAAGAACAGAAGGUGAAGAAGAGGAAGUCGGAUGAGAUCAAGGGCUGAGGGAGGGGUUAAAGCCGAGAGACAAGCAGAACAUGAUAGCACAUGGAUAUUACCCGUCAGGAGGUGUGUUAACCUGAAACACGAGCGCCGGUGGCAAAAGAGAACCGAGGCAAAGAGGCCGGGAACAUGAGUUCAGGCUUCUCCUUCAUGAUUACACUCCUCUGCGUGGGGAGCCUGCUGUCCACCGUCACCUGGUUCAUGGUUGACGAUGACAGCGGGGUGACGUCUUACAAACCACCCCCACAAAAGAAAGGUUCCCCAAAUCCUUCUUCACUUUGUAAAGGCUGCAAGGAACUGAUUGACAACGUCCUGAAGCGCCACACUAAAACCUGGAAAAAGAACGAGAAGAAUUACCAAACAUUUAUCUCUGGGAUGAGCAGCUCGUGUCGCGUCGACAAGGCCAUCAUCACGCAGGAUAACACCCCCGUGGGUACAAAGAUUUCCUUCGAUGGAGAAAGGUCCAGGACGCUCCAGAUCAAACCCAACAUUUUCAAAACAUUUAUCAAGGAGCAUCCGUUCUCCAACCACACGUUUGACACGUGCGCCGUGGUCGGCAACGGCGGCAUCCUGAUGGACAGCGGCUGCGGGAAAAUGAUCGACUCGGCUCAGUUUGUGAUGAGGAAGUGGUUGUUAUCGUGUUCUCGCUGGCUUAGGUGCAAUCUGCCGCCUUUGAACGACGAGUACGGGAAACAUGUGGGCGUCAAGACGGACCUUGUGACGGCCAACCCGAGCAUCCUCAGAGAAAAGUACGGCUCCCUGAUGAACAAUCGGCGAGAGUUUGCGGAAAGUCUUCAAAGCUACGGAAAGUCCUUCAUCCUCCUACCCGCCUUCUCCUACGGCGCCAACACAGCGCUCUCCCUGCGGGUGGCCUACACCGUUGAGGACUUUGCCAGCCCGGCACGUCCCGUCUUCUUCAACCCGGACUACCUGCGCAACCUGUCCCAAUUCUGGACGAGACACGGCCUGAAAUCGCGACGCCUUAGCACGGGCAUCAUGAUGGCCAGCAUGGCGCUGGGAGCGUGCUCCAACGUGCACCUGUACGGCUUCUGGCCAUUCACCAACCACCCGCACAGACUCUACACGCUCACCAAUCACUACUACGACGACAGGAAGGCCAACACCAAGUUCCACGCCAUGCCGGAAGAGUUUGACAUGCUGCUGAAGCUGCACAGUCAGGGCGUGCUCAGGCUUCACCUGGGAGACUGCCAAAGCGACCACAAUUAGUGUGACCACUAAAGAUUUUUUUUAUUAUUUAUUAUCCAGCUGGGAGUCUGAAGCUUUGAAACCAGAAGACCUUGUGAGGCCUUUAUCUGUUAUCAUGAAAGUGAAUCUAACUUAUUAAUAAUCAUAAUGUUUGCUAUAAUUGUUUACAUGCAACACAGACACUAGCAUAAUUCGUCAGCUUUGUAUUAGACUGGUGAUGGUUUUGGAAGGCAUUGUGCGCUCUCGUUCUCUCCACACAUCACUGCCAUUGUGGCAGCUUUGCACCUUAGGACUAGGUUCACACUGCAGACUCGGCAGUCCAAUUCAGAUUUGUAUUUGCCAAAUCCAAUAUUUCUAUGUACCCGUAUUUUCCGCACUAUAAGGCGCGCCGGAUUAUAAGGUGCACCUUCAAUGAAUGGCCUAUUUUAAAACUGUGUUCAUAUAUAAGGCGCACCGCAUUAUAAGGCGCAUAGAAUAGACGCUACAGUCGAGGCUGGGGUCACGGUAUGCAUCCAUUAGAUGGAGCUGCGCUAAAGGGAAUGUCAACAAAACAGUCAGAUAGGUCAGUCAAACUUUAUUACCUACUCAGUGGCCUAGUGGUUAGAGUGUCCGCCCUGAGAUCGGUAGGUUGUGAGUUCAAACCCCGGCCGAGUCAUACCAAAGACUAUAAAAAAAUGGGACCCAUUACCUCCCUGCUUGGCACUCAGCAUCAAGGGUUGGAAUUGGGGGUUAAAUCACCAAAAUGAUUCCCGGGCGCGGCCACCGCUGCUGCCCACUGCUCCCCUCACCUCCCAGGGGGUGAUCAAGGGUGAUGGGUCAAAUGCAGAGAAUAAUCUCGCCACACCUAGUGUGUGUGUGACAAUCAUUGGUACUUUAACUUUAACUUUUUAUUAAUAGAUUACAAACCAGCGUUCUGACAACUCCGUUCACUCCCAAAAUGAAUUAACAGCUGUUUUAUUAUUUUCCCCGAGGUAAAGUCAGUGACGUGCAGUGUUGGGUUAGUUACUGAAAACCAGUAACUAGUUACCUUAUUUCAAAAGUAACUCAGUUACUAACUCAGUUACUUACACCAAAAAGUAAUGCAUUACUGUGGAAAGUAACUAUUUAGUUACUUCUACUUUUUUUUUUUUUUUUAAGCUCCCAUUAAUGCCCUUUUAGCCUUCAUUUCAGUACUGUUAUUGCACUGGAGAAUAAUACAAUCUGUUGAUUAACUUGACAUGCAUUUGCAUCACUGAACUCUGCUAAGCAAUGUGGUCUACAUACAACACACAAAGACAAAGAUAUGUUUCAAAGGGCCAAUUUAUUUCAGGCCAGAACAAAUUGACAAAACUAUUUUAAAUAGCUGCAACAUAACAUACAUAAGUAACAAACAGCAUAAUAACAACAUAGCUGUAAACCUGGUUUCACCUAAGGAAGGCACACAUGACAUACACAAAGCCUAACCAGGCAGAUUUGAAUUGUUGUUUUGGGAAGUAGACGGGAUCUUUGAUCCAAGACACAACUUACAUUUAACUAAAAUGUUCUUUUCUGUGUGCUCGACAAAAGAAAAGAAGUGAGAAUAUCUCAUACUUGCCAACCCUCCCGAAUUUCAGUGCCUCUUCCCGGAACAACCAUUCUCCCAAAUUUCUCCCGAUUUCCAACCGGACUUAAGGCACGCUCUCUCCAGGUCCCAGCGGACCUGAGUGAGGACAGCCUGUCGUCACGUCCGCUUGGCCAACCAAAAAGUAACCACAGAACACUAUACCGUGUAGUGUUCUGUAGUUACUUUUUGGUUGGCCAACGGUUUACGUUGUAUUGCGCACCACCCUCCCCUCCCCUUCCCUUCCCACACCAACACCCACACAGAGCGCGCCUCUUGUGACACAAGAGAUUCAGAAGGACGACACUGCAGCGCUGCAAUAAAACACACUCAGAUCUUCUGUUUCUAGCCGAUACUACAUAAAAAAUAACGUAAAACAACGCAGUAACGCAUCAUGUAGUAACGGUAACUGAGUUACUGAAUAUAAAAAAUAACGCGUUAGAUUACUACCGUAUUUUUCGGAGUAUAAGUCGCACCGGAGUAUAAGUCGCACCUGCCGAAAAUGCAUAAUAAAAAAGGAAAAAAACAUAUAUAAGUCACACUGGAGCCCGGCCAAACUAUGAAAAAAACUGCGACUUAUAGUCCGAAAAAUACGGUAGUUACCGCCGAAACUAACAGCGUUACAGUAACGCGUUACAAAGUAACGCGUUAGUCCCAAUACCGGUGACGUGGUAUUUCGUUUAUCUUUUAACAACAGCAAGGUAUAACAUGUAGUGCAACAUUUAUAUCACAUAGUGGAGGGGAACUUUUCCUCGAUUCAAUAAACACGUAAAAAACAGUCCGAUACUGUUACGGUAAAUCAAACAUUAGUGCAAUCCCAAUAUAGUAACACUCGAAAUAGUGCAAAGCAAUAACAAUAUAUCAAAGUAAAGCUCACUUUAUUAAGUUAUUCCUCAUCCACGAAUCCCUCGAUUCUUCUUCUUCAGUGUCCGAAUUAAACAGUUGGGCGAAUACGGCAUCCAACAUGCCUGGCUCGUCUCGUCGAAGUCAUCAUUAAUCGAGUCAGUAUCAAUUUCAAGGAUUGUAUGCAAUCAAAGUCAACAUUUUUUUAAUGGAAUUAUUGCGUGUAAAAGAUUAAGAAGGAAGAGGAUUUUGGCUAUCGCAGUUUGCAGGACAUUUCCGUCUAUGUCAGGAGUGGUGGAACAUUGACGCGAGUUCCUAAAACAUAAUAUUUUUGCCUGCUUUCUGCUAAUUUUUCAAUUAUUUAUUUUGCAGCCAUCCAUUUUGGCGAACAAUUAUGACGCUUAUCACUAUUUGAUGUUGAAUUGGUCGGAUGAACGCUACCAUAGCGUUCAUACGGCAGUCGCAUCGGAUAGAUAUCUGACAUACAAAACGGCCUGAGUGAGAUUAGAAAAAUUCGGAAUUACACUGUUCACAUUGACAUAAAAGAAUCCGAUACAGGUCGCAAAAAAAUCGAAAUGGACUUGCAGUGUGAAGAAGGCCUUAGCUAAUAUAUAUAUAUAUAUAUAUAUAUAUAUAUAUAUAUAUAUAUAUAUAUAUAUAUAUAUACAUACAAACAUACACAAAAACUCGAUAUAAACUAGAAAAGUGUCAAUAUUUAGAAUUCUGUAGUAAUUGUAGUACUAGAAAUAAUACAAAAAGUUGUGAAAUUGUAUUACAGGAAGCAACCCUCAAAAUACCUUUAAUAUUUAACAUUUUGCAAAUAUUGUACAGUUGUAACAUUCAAAAAAAAAUUCCCAAGUAAGUCUCAAGAUCUGAAAAUUUGCAAGAAAAAAGUCGAAAUGUUAUGAGGAGAAAAAUAAACUAAACAAUAUAUCAAUUAUUAUACAUUUGUGAGAAUAAAGUUGUCAUUUUGCUAUAAGCACAGUCUUAAAAUAUAAUGAGAAUUACUACUAAUGAAACACAAAUUUUAAAACUAAAAAAAAGUUUGGAUAUUCAAAACAUUUUGAAUAAAGUUCUUCAGAAUUUUUUUUUUAAUAAUUACGACAAUGAAAAUAAUGCAUUUUAGUGCAAUAAAUUAGUAAAUACUCUAUGUGUGGGAAACAAUUUAAAUAUUUUAAGAAUAAAGUCAUAAUUUUGGAGUUAUAAUAUAUAUUUUUUAAUAUCAAGAGAAUGUAUUAGUUUUUAGAUAUGAAGCUGUUAUUUUACAAAAAUUACGUCAAGAACAAAAAAAAACAAAAAAAAAACUAAAAUAAAGUCUUAAUAUUCAAUGUAUAGAAAAAGUCCUAACAUUACAAAAAUAAAAUAAUUCUACAACGGAAACUAUGCAAAUUUAGUAAAUUUAAAUAAUUAUUACGGGAACGAAGUUGGGAAAAUAUAAAUAUUGGGAAAAAGCCUCAUAUACAGGUAUACUUUGGUACCAAUACUUUUUGUUUGAAAUGCUACUUGGUGGGGGUGUAGCUCAGAUGGUAGAGUGGCCAGCAACUUGAGGGUUGCAUGUUCGAUUUUAGCUUCCGCCAUCCUAGUCGCUUCCGCUGUGUCCUUGGGCAAGACACUUUACCCGCCUUACUCCCAGUGCCACCCACACUGGUUUAAAUGUAGCUUAAAAAUGGAGAUAAUGGGUUUCACAAUGUAAAGCGUUUUGAGUCUCUCCAGAGAAAAAGCACUAUAUAAAUAUAAUUCACUUCACUACUUUUAAAAACCGUGUUGAAAUGCAGAUAACUUCGCCUGAGGGGAUGUAAUAAUGACUGUGAACUGAGCACUUUGGGUAUGCUGUUUUUGUAUACGACAGUUGGGUUAGUUGUUUUUCAAUGUUUUGGGUCAUGUGGAGUAAAUUUGCCGUCAAUAUUUUGGUUGGAGAUUGUCAUCGUUGCACAGAAUCCCACACAAAUAUGUAGCUACUUCUUCAGAAUGCAGUACUGAAGAAGCUGCAAACUGAUGUACUGACUAACUUGUGCUGACAUGAACAAUCAUUUAUUAUACACGCCGUCUUGCACGGACGGUGCGGCGCUCUGAAAUUAUUACGGCUUCAGCGACUCCUUCAGGGAUACUUUGGAAAUAAAAGAUUCUGAUUUCCUUAA